AUGGUCACAGAGACUUCGGACUUGGACGCCAACAAGGGCAUUGCUUAUCGACAUUUGUCGCUGUAUGAAGUCAACACGAAGCUGCCGAAAGCACCAGGGGGCAGCGUGGCCUUGCCGGAGGGCGCCUUUUGGCUGCUGGUCACAGGUGAGGAGCCCUCCGCUGAGGAGGUCAAGGGCAUGACUGAGGAGCUCCACAAGCGCGCGACGAUCCCUGCGAACGUCAUGACGACCAUCGAUUCGUUGCCCAAAGAGACUCACCCGAUGACUCAGCUCUCAGUCGCUAUGUUGGCCUUGCAAAAGGACUCCAAGUUUUUCAAGAAGUAUCAGGAGGGCAUGAAGAAGGAUGACUAUUGGUCCUACGCCCUGGAGGAUUGCCUCGAUGUGGUCGCCAAGGUCCCCAUCAUCGCGGCCAAGAUCUACCGACGCACCUUCCACGAUGGGAAGCUCCCAGAGUACGACCCCAAAUUGGACUGGGCCGCCAACUUCGCGCAGAUGUUGGGCAUCAACCAGAGUGAGGAUUUCAAGGAAGCCAUGCGCCUCUAUUUGAUGCUUCAUGCAGACCACGAGGGAGGGAACGUCUCGGCCCACGCCACACAUUUGGUGGGCUCCGCUUUAAGCGAUCCGUACUACGCCUGGGCCGCGGGCCUCUGUGGCCUGGCCGGUCCCCUCCAUGGCCUCGCCAACCAGGAGUGCUUGUCCUGGCUUUUGGACGUCCAGAAGCAGCUGGGGGGUCAGAAGCCCACCAAGGAGAGAUGGGCAUUGUCCAAGAUGCUCGUUGUCUUUGGAAACUCGAGUCAUUCAGAGGAUUUGAUGACCGAUUUCGCCAACAAGACCCUGAAGGAGGGUAAGGUGAUCCCCGGCUUCGGCCAUGCGGUGCUGCGGAACACCGACCCCCGCUACAUGUUGGAGCGUGAGUUUGCCUUGAAGCAUUGCACGGAAGACCCAUUGUUUCAGCUGGUGGAUUCUUGCUAUCAAGCUAUCCCUCCAGUGCUGCUGAAGCAGGGGAAGGUGAAGAACCCGUUUCCCAAUGUGGAUGCGCACUCGGGGCAGCUCAUGCAUUUCUAUAACCUCAAAGAGCAGAAUUUCUACACCGUGGUCUUCGCUGUGUCACGGACCUUAGGCGUCAUGGCGCAGUACAUUUGGUCCAGGGCCGUGAGCCUUCCCAUUGAGCGGCCCAAGUCCCUCCCCUUAGAUGAGCUCAUGAUCCUUGCGAAGAAGCACCGUUGGCAGCGGGAGAAGGGUCUGGUCAUCAACUACGCCGACCCGGCGACGGCUGCGGGCACCGCUGUGCUCGGCUUGGGCUUGGUGGUGCUGCCCUUGUUGAGCAAACUCAAUCAGAUUCAAGCUGAAGAGACCUUCCAGUACAAAUACCAUGGAGAGACGAAUCCCAGGCAGCCCUUGCGGCUCUUCACUGAGUCCGAGCUGCGGCAGCGGCUGGGGAGCCUGGACGCCCAUUGCGUGGCCAAGGAGAUCGUCAUGAGCACCGAAGAGCUGGACGAACACAUGGAGGCAUCCAGCAUGGAGGAGACGGACGAUGAGGUGGGACGGAUCCAGAAGUGGCGGGACUCAGUGAAUGGUCACUUGCGGAGCUUGCAGAAGCGCUCGGCACUGGCAUUUUUGGGGUUGCCACCGGACUCCAGCAUGAAUGACAUCAAUGCAGUGUACAAGAAGAUGGCACUGGAGCUACAUCCGGACAAAGGGGGCGACCCUGAGAAGUUCCAAGAGUUGCAGGAGAUGAAGGAGCGGCUCACAGAGAUCGAGAAAGAAGAAGAAAAUCCUGAUGGAAAGAAAGAGAACGAAGACGAUCCAGAAGAAGAGGAGGCGAAGAAGCAGAAAGAGAAGGAAGAAGAGGAAGAGAAGAACCGCUUGCCCCCCAACGAGCGAGUGAAGAAGCUUCGCAUGGAGGUACAUGACAACACAGUGCGCCUGUGGGAAAAGGCCAAGAAGUCCAGAGAUGAGAUCGUGGGUGAAAAGGCCUUGAAGACCAACGCACAGCCGGCUCUCAACAUCCUGCGGCUCUUCGUCGACCGCUUCGUGGCCAGCGAGAUCAAGACGCUGCGCCAUGAUGACACUCGAGGGGCCGAGGCCAAGUUGAGGAAGUUUCUCAAGCAGGGCGCCGAGAUCUUGUGCGUCGCGGCAUUGGCUGACGUCCAGGCCACGCUCUCCACAUUGGCCAUGCACUUCAACUACCGCCUCAUCGCACGGAGUGGCUCCCCAGAGAUCAAGAACCGCUGUGCGGCGCUCCUGGAGGCCGUCGGUGAGGUGCCGCGGAACGUGGAGAGCUUCCUGCAACAGAUGGAGGCCGAUUUGGCAGAUCAGAAGGAGCGCGACCUGCGCCGCAAGGAGGAGCGCGCCGCCGCCCAGCGGCGCCGCGAGGCGCGCGGCGACUUCGGCGGCGAUGCCGGGGAGACAACGGGAGCAGCGGCGCCGAAGGCGGAAGCGAAGGCAAAGGCCAAGGCAGGGCCCAAGCCGGAGCCGAAAGCAGAGAAAGAGAGUGCCAAGGAGACCGCUGCGCCGAAGGCGGCACUUGAAGCACCGGUGUGGUUGUUGCGUUUGAACGGGAAUGGAUGGUUCUUUCUUUUGGAGCGCUCCAGAAUCUGCAACAUCCAUCAAAAACCUGCCAAAACCUGCCAUCAGUAG